GCAGCAGCGUGGCCGCACCAGGAGCAGCGCGUCUGGGAUGGCCAAGGAUUAGACACCGGGCACCCUUUGCCUCAUAAAGUCAUCAGGAGGAGGACAACGGGGGUGACUCUUGGGAACCCUAGCCCCCCUCAGCCCCCAACCUCCUUGGUCCUCCCCCACACCAUUGAAAUAUUUUACUUAAGAGCUUCUGACGCACUUGUCAGCCUCCGUUCUUUUCUUCUAACAAGAUUUCUGUCUCCUAUUGGGAUUAUUUGGGGCUGAAUGGGCGACCUCACUUCUUAUCCAUUCAUCCAUCCAUCAAUCCAUUUUAUGGAACCUUCCUCUUUUCCUCUCACUCGGAGUUGUCAUGUCCAAAGAAGAUUCAUCCUCUUACUGACUGACUGACUCGGGAAAGCGCUUCGGAGCGUUUUUUAAAAAUUUUAUUCUUUUGGGAAUCCAGUUGAAGGCUGCAAAGCGAGAACAAGGAUGAAGAUGAGACCUCCCGGCCCUCUGCUGAUUCUGCUCUUUGUCACACUGUCAAAGUGUGUCAAGGUGGUCUCCAAGAGAGGCUCAGUGGAUGGCUGCACAGACUGGUCGGUGGACUACCUAAAGUACCAGGUGCUCCAGGGUGAGCCGGUGCGGCUAAAGUGCGCCCUAUUUUAUGGCUACAUCCGUGCCAACUACAGUCAGGCUCAAAGCGUCGGCCUCAGCCUCAUGUGGUACCGCAGCUCAGGACUGGGCCACAGUGACUUCGAGGAGCCCAUCUCCUUCGACGGCGUACGCAUGAGCAAAGAGGAAGACGCCAUCUGGUUCAGACCCGCCGACCUUCAGGAUGUCGGACUCUACUCGUGCGUCUUACGGAACUCCACCUAUUGCAUGAAGGUGUCCAUGUCAUUAACCGUCGCCGAAAACGACACAAACAUGUGCUACAAUUCCAACAUGCGACGGAUGGAGAAGGCUGAGCUCAGCAAGAGCAAAGACAUCCUGUGCCCUGACAUCGACGACUACGUUGAGCCCGGCAAAGGACCAGACAUUACCUGGUACAAGGAAUGUCAUCCAAAGCAGUGGCGCGCGAGCAUCAUCCAGAAGAGAGACAUUCUGUCUUUCCAGGAAGUGAAGGAAGACGACAUUGGGAAUUACACCUGCGAGGUCCAGUUUGCCGGCUUUGUUGUCAGGAGGACGACGGAACUCGCCGUUACCGCCCCUUUGACCGACAAGCCGCCCAAGAUCCUGUUCCCCUUGGAAAACAAGAUUAGCAGCAUGGAGCUGCAGCUAGGAGGCGCACUGAACCUGACAUGCCGGGCGUUUUUCGGCUACAGCGGCGACGUCAUUCCACUCAUCUACUGGAUGAAGGGAGAUAAGUUCAUUGAAGAUUUGGAUGAAGAGCGAGUACAGGAGACUGAAAUCAAGAUCGUCAAGGAGCACCUCGGAGAGCAGGAAGUCGCCAUUUCCCUUACCAUCGACUCGCUGGAAGAGGAGGAUCUGGGGAAUUAUUCCUGUUAUGUGGAGAAUGGCAACGGCCGUCGCCAGGCUACCAUCCAGCUCUUCAGGAAGGCAGAGCUCAUGUACACAGUGGAGCUAGCCGGCGGGCUCGGGGCCAUCCUGCUACUGCUCAUCUUUCUCAUCUCGCUCUACAAAUGCUACAGGAUUGAGCUCAUGCUCUUCUAUAGGAGACAUUUUGGCAGUGAGGACCUGGAUGGAGAAAACAAGGACUACGACGCCUACCUGUCUUACACCAAAGUGGACCCCGACCAGUGGAGUCAGGAGACCCGGGAGGAAGAACGCUUUGCCCUGGAAAUUCUCCCUGACGUCCUGGAGAAGCAUUACGGCUACAAACUUUUCAUCCCCGACCGAGACCUCAUCCCAACUGGAAGUCUCACCACUGAGCAUUACCAGGAUGACACGCGACUCUUUGGAGCUUACAUCGAAGACGUGGCGCGCUGCGUGGAUCAGAGCAAGCGGCUCAUCAUCGUCAUGACGCCCAACUACGUGGUGCGACGGGGCUGGAGCAUCUUUGAGUUGGAGACGCGUCUGCGCAACAUGCUGGUCACCGGCGAGAUCAAGGUCAUCCUCAUCGAGUGCGCCGAGCUGCGCGGCAUCAUGAAUUACCAGGAGGUGGAAGCCCUCAAGCACACCAUCAAGACCCUCACCGUCAUCAAGUGGCACGGCCCCAAGAGCAACAAGCUGCACUCCAAGUUCUGGAAGCAGCUCCAGUACGAAAUGCCCUUCAGGCGCACCGAGCCCAUGCUGGGCCACGAGCCGGCGCUGGACGUCAGCGAGCAGGGCGCCUUCGGCGAGCUGCAGACCGUCUCCGCCAUCUCCAUGGCGGCGGCCACCUCCACCGCCAUGGCCACCGCCCACCCGGAGCUGCGCUCGUCCUUCCACAACUCCUACCACACCACGGUGAGGCAGAAACACUACUACCGCAGCUACGAGUACGACCUGCCCGCGGGGGGAACCCUGCCGCCGCUCUCGUCGCUGGGGAGCCAGCACACCUACUGCAACAUCCCGCUGACGCUGCUCAACGGCCAGAGGCCGCCCGGGAAGAACCGCGAGCACGGCCUGGAGGAGGCGCACGCCAACAACGCCAUGCUGCCCCUGCUGCCCCGCGAGACCAGCAUCUCCAGCGUCAUCUGGUAACACGCGAGCACUGGGGGGAGAGGCAACGCGUUCAAAGUCUUUUUCGGUUUUUCCGGGGGAAGCGGCGUUUUCCCCGAAAAGAACCGACGCUCUGUUAAGGGUCAUUUUCGACGUGGGGAUUUGUAAUCGUCAAGGGACUCCCACGUGGAAGAACGCUAUCAAGGACACACACGUAUGCACACACACGCAUCCAUCGGCGCAAAAGGAAAACAGGGUCUUGUACAUAUCCAAUAUUCUCCAUUCAUUUGUAGCAUCCCUCUUCUGUUCUUUCGUUCACACGUCUAUUGCCUUCUCCGUGCUAGGAGUUUGCUUUAACUUUCGGAGGUGUAUAUUUUGUAUCACUUUUUUUUUUUUUCUCUCAAUGCCCAUGUGCUUGUCUGCAAAGCCACUUAUGCAGUAUAAUCUUUCAUUUGAAAUCUUUGCAUUCUUUCAAGGUUUUCCUGGACAUUUUAUCAGCUUCCAGGAGCUGCAAUGACUUCUUUUUGGGACGGGGUGUUUUGACCUGUAAAAGGUGUAUCUACUUUAAAAAAAAGUGAAUAUCACAAAAAAAUAAAAUAAAAAAUCAUAGAAUAUGCAAAAAUAAAAAGCGUGGGGCUGAGAAGGAGGGGGCGGGGCUUGUCCACAUCAAUCAGCUCCCUGCCGCAGAAGACGGAAGACUAUGUUUGGUAUUUUCUAUUUGAGACGCUGUUUGAGAAUGCCUCAUCUUAAAAAAAAAAGAGAAAGUGUAGAUUAUUUUAAAAAAAUAACUCUAUUUUUAUAAGUGGUUGCCUGAGGACUCAAAUUUUAUGGUUUCAUCCACCACGGGAGGACAAUUCAGUGUUUUGUACACGACUUUUGAAUCCCACAAAAACUCAAACCAUUUUCCAUUGUUUAUUAGUUUGUUUUUAAAAAGAAAACAAUUCUGAUAACUGCUUUGGUUUCCUAUGUAACAAUAAUUCAUGUUUAAGGUAAGAAAAAAAAGAGUACAUUUGUGUUCGGGGAAAAGACUUUAGAUAUAUUUGAAGGUGUGACUUUUUGAGUAUGCAUAGAAAAUAGAUAUGUAUUCUAUAUAUAAUAUAGAUAUUUAUAUAAAUAUAUAAACACAAUUUUCACGCCGAGAGAAAUGUCUAUCUUUAUAGAACACGAGUCAUGAUCAGUUGCCCUUAUACUUUCUCACUGCACAUUAAAAACAACCUUGAUUUC